AUGAAGCUGCUGAGAGUCCUUGUGCUGAUUGCCCUCCCCCUUUACUGCUUUGCUGGUUCUGGAUGCCUAUUUCUAGAGGAAGUGGUUAACAAAACAAUCAGUCCUGAAGUGAGCAUUAGUGAAUACCAAAAUUUUCUUCAGGAUUUUGUUCAGACUACUGAGGAAAAAGAGGCCUUGGCUGAUUUGAAGCAGUGUUUUCUCAACCAGUCAAACGAAACUCUGCACAACUAUGCACAGAUGAUGCAAAUAAUGUAUUCCAGUGAGUCGUGUGCCUCUUUUUAA